UGGGGACUGAGAAGAGGAGAGCGAGCGUGUGCGCGCACGAGUGAGAUGCGCAGCACCAGUGGCAGGGAAACACACCCGCCAGCCGCGCGCGGAGGAGAGAAAAAAGGCUGCACGGACAAAGGAAACAUGGAUGCAAUAGAAGGGUAUACCUUCAAACAGAUAACGGAAUGGAUCUGCCGCUCCUCUUGCAUCUCAAAACCAACCAAUUAGCCUAUUUUAAUGUGGUGGUGGGAGGCGAGAUUCUGCAAGCUGAAAAGGCGGAAAGCUUUGUUUAAUCCGUCUGCGGAUCAUAUGAGCUUGCGAUGGCUGUUACAGGGAUAUGUAAGAGUUUAGGGAACAAUGUGCCUCUAUUUUGUGUUGUAUUUUUCUUAUUUUGUGGCCUUUCAUUUGGACAAUUACGUUACACCAUUUCUGAGGAAUUAGAAAAUGGAGCGCUGGUUGGUGAUCUCGUGCAGGACCUGGGGUUGGAUAUCCGAACGCUCUCCACCCGAAAGAUAAAGGUAACAUCCAACAGCGGAAAGCGAUAUGUGGAUGUCAACCCCAAAAACGGUAAAUUACUUGUUAAUGACAGAAUCGACAGAGAGACUCUGUGUGAUUUGAGCAACACCUGUUUUUUAAAUUUUGAGGUGCUUGUUGAAAACCCCUCGGAGGGGCACAAUGUCGAGGUGGAGAUUGUGGAUGCCAAUGACAAUGAGCCGCAGUUCCCUAGAGACGAAUACCAACUGGAAAUUAAAGAAUCGUUGUUACCAGGGUCUCGUUUUCCUAUCGAAACUGCACAGGAUCCGGACAUGGGAUCGAAUUCUAUUCGUCAAUAUAGACUCAGCCCAAACGAACAUUUUAUAUUGGAUUCCAACAAACCCUUGCCAAACAGCAAGCACAUCGAGCUCGUGCUUAAAAAGCCCCUUGAUCGUGAACAGACACCUUACCACCAAUUAAUUUUGACUGCUGUGGACGGCGGAACACCAGCAAAAACCGGUACGUCUAAAAUCAACGUGCGAGUCGAGGAUGCAAACGAUAACGUCCCCUUGUUCGACAGCUCCGUUUACAAGGUGAAACUAUAUGAAAAUUCCCCGAAAGACACACUGGUCAUCAAGUUGAACGCCACGGACCUGGACGAGGGCACCAACGGAGAGGUGUACUACUCUUUCGGUAGCUACACCAACGAGAGAGUCAGGCAGAUGUUCUCCAUGGACACCAACACAGGUGAAAUCAGAGUGAAGCGCAACGUGGACUACGAGGAGACCAACACGUACGAGAUGUACAUCCAGGCCAUGGAUAAGGGCCCCGGGGCAGUGGCCGCCCACUGUAAGGUGGUGGUGGAAGUGGUGGACGUGAACGACAACGUCCCAGAGAUCGUGUUGUCAUCUCUGUCCAGCCCGGUGAGGGAGGACGCCCGCGCCGACACGGUCGUAGCCCUGAUCAGCGUGACCGACAAGGACUCCGGGCCUAACAAGCAGGUCAGCCUGGAGAUCCCCCCUGGCCUUCCUUUCAAGAUCAAGUCCUUCAGGAACUACUACAUGCUCGUCACCUCCGCCUUCCUGGACCGCGAGACCGUCGCCGCCUACAACGUCACGCUCAGCGCCACGGACGCCGGCACCCCGCCCCUCUCCUCCCAGAAGACGAUCCAGGUGGACGUGGCCGACGUGAACGACAACCCGCCGCGCUUCCAGCAGACGUCCUACACGGUGUACGUGACGGAGAACAACGCCCCCGGCGCCUCGCUGUGCACCGUCAAGGCCCAGGACUCGGACGUCAACGAGAACGCUCGCAUCACCUACACGGUCCUCAACGACAACAACCACGGCAUCCCAGUCACGUCGUACGUGUCCGUGAAGGCCGACACGGGCGAGGCGUACGCCCUGCGCGCCUUCGACUACGAGUCUCUCAGGGAGUUCCACUUCCAGGUCAAAGCUCAGGACGGGGGAAUCCCGCCUCUCAGCCGCGUGGCCACUGUUUACAUCUACAUCAUGGACCAGAACGACCACGUCCCUGAGAUCGUCAAUCCCCGGGGCAACGGCACGCGCGCCAUCGAGACGGUGCUGAAGAACGCCGAGCCGGGCGCCCUGGUGACCAAGGUGGUGGCGUACGACGCGGACGCGGGACCUAACGCCUGGCUGGUGUACGUCCUGGAUCAGGCGUCCGACCUGGACCUCUUCAAGGUGCACGAGCACACCGGGGAGAUCCGAACCACGCGCCGCGUCCUGGAGGAAAACUCCACCUCCUUCAGCCUGACCGUCCUGGUCCGUGACCACGGCCAGCCGGUGCUCUCCUCCACCGCCACCAUCAACGUAGCCGUCAUGGAGGUCCUCCCCAAGAUGACCCCUGACCCCAAGAGGGUGAUCCGACCCCACAGCACGCUGCUUUUAUCCAACGUGACGCUCUACCUGAUCGUGGCGCUCAGCGCCACCACCUUCGUGUUCCUGGUCACGGUGGUCGUCCUGGCGAUCGUGCGUUGCCACGCCUACUGCACCCAGCCGGGCUCCUGCUCCCCGUGCUGCGUAUCCCAGAAGCCCCCUCCGGACGGCGGCGCCAGCUGCAUCGCGGCCAGCGGGGGAGGGGGCGGCGGGGGCGGGCCGCAACCCGACAACAACGUGGUCCUGCGGAGAGACCUCAAAGUGGAGCCGCACUACAUCGAGGUGCGAGGCAACGGCUCGCUGACCAAAACGUACUGCUACAAGACGUGCCUGACCGCCACGUCGGGCAGCGACACCUUCAUGUUCUACAACACGGGCCGGCCGAUGAGCGGGACCUGGGGCUCCGAGCGUUUCUUCACCGGCGGCAGCGGCUUCGUACGGAGGCUGAGCAUGCCCGACGCCUCCCUGCAAGUCUGUCCUGAGCCAAAAGCCCCAAAUGCUGAUUGGCGAUACUCUGCAUCUUUGAGGGCAGGCAUGCAGAGCUCGGUCCACAUGGAGGAGUCGUCGGUGAUGCAGGGAGCUCAGGGCAUGCUGGUCCAGAACUGGCCCACCGUGUCCAGUGCUGCAGAUGGGGAGGGGGGCGAGCUGUCCCCCCCAGUGGGCGCAGGCAUCGACAGUAACAGCUGGCACUUCCGCUACGGAGCAGGGCCGGGCUACGGGCCACCCCAUGCCCUGAAACCUGGAGAGAUCCCCCCUGAGGCCUUCAUCAUCCCCGGCUCCCCCGCCAUCAUCUCCAUACGCCAAGACCCCGGAGCCGCCGACGACAAGAGCGACUUCAUCACCUUCGGCAAGAAGGAGGAGGCCAAGAAGAAGAAGAAGAAGAAGAAGGAGAAGAAAGACAAGAAGGAUAAAGGGAAGGAUGACGGGGAGGAGUAGAGGAGAGUGGAGUGGAGGGGUGGGGGGGGGGGUUAUAAAACGGAGCUACCAACAAAAGUCCAAACGACAGAGCCCGAAAAAGCCAAAUGUAUAUUUUAGAAGUAGGGAGGCCUCCCUGUGGUGUUUCUGCAUAUGUAAGUGUCCCCAGGCCAGCGUAGCUACCAUUAACCGAGGUCUGUCCUCUGUACGGCAUGUAAACAUGCCACACUAGCCUUUUCUGGCAGCACGGCCUUGUCUGGCUCUGACUACCCCCGAGGCCUGGGGAGCUUGCUAAUAGCUCUCUCUAGUCAGCCAUUUGCUGAAUGGAAGAAGAAAAAAAAAACGGUUCCAAA